UACAUCCCGUCUCCUUCUGCAGUGCUGUACCAGCAGAUGUUCGCGCGCUGAAGCCAAUUUCCAGCCUUUAUUUGUACCGGAGCAAGUACUGUUGCAGCGGAGAGUGAGAGGACGAAGAAGUGUGAGGACGAUUUCUCACUCUCCUCGCACGUUUGGAGCGUGUGCAUGCCUGUAUGGGGGGUUAGUACGCUCAGCUGAAGAAAUAAGAGACGAGUCUUUAUUUACCACACCUGUGAUGCGCCGCUGUUUCUGAGCAACCGAGACGCGCUCAUGGCUAAGGUUCAGGAAGAGGAUAUGUGCUGAUAGAGGACUUAAUAAAUGCUUUGGCCUCACUAAUCGGUGUAAUAUUACGAGAACUUAACGCUGAAAGCAGAUACUCAUUGAGUUGAUCUCACUGACUUAAACUCAAACGAGAAAGGUGAUAAAGACAUGAUGCCGUUACACCUGGCUCCUUUUGUCCGCUGGAGAUCCGGGCUCGUACUCGCAUGGAUCUGCCUGUUUUCCGUCGGAUUUACCUGCAUUGGUGCAGAGCACGCGGCCAGCGUAACGCAUCCGCUUCCUGUUGCCUUCUCUGACCUUCUGCCCCACUUCCUGGUGGAGCCCGAUGAUGUUUAUAUCGUUAAGAACAAGCCGGUGACCCUGACCUGCCGGUCCACACCUGCCACUCAGAUCUACUUCAAAUGCAACGGCGAGUGGGUUCACCAGGACCAGCACCUGAUCGAAAGAGACGUGGACCCGGCUACAGGGCUGCCGGUGAUGCAGGUAAAGAUUGACAUCUCCAGACAGCAGGUGGAGAAGAUCUUCGGCCUGGAGGAUUACUGGUGUCAAUGUGUGGCCUGGAGCACCACGGGAACCCAGAAGAGCCAAAAGGCAUUUGUGCGCAUCGCAUAUCUGAGGAAGAACUUUGAGGAGGAACCACUGGGUAAGGAAGUGGCACUGGAUCAGGAAGUACUUCUGCACUGUCAUCCUCCGGAAGGCGUUCCACCCGCAGAGGUGGAGUGGCAGAGAAACGAGGAGCUGAUCGACCCCAAGACUGACCCCAAUUUCUUCAUCACCGCGGACCAUAAUCUCAUCAUCAAACAAGCCCGUCUGGCCGACACAGGCAACUACACCUGCGUGGCCAAGAACAUUGUGGCACGACGCAAGAGCUCCUCGGCCACUGUGAUUGUCUAUGCAGUGAAUGGGGGCUGGUCUACGUGGGCCACGUGGUCGGCCUGCAGCGCUGUCUGCGGUCGCGGGUGGCAGAAGAGGAGCCGGAGUUGCACCAACCCCACGCCCCUGAACGGCGGGACAUCCUGCGAGGGCCAGAGCGUCCAGAAAAGUGCCUGCACUGCCACCUGUCCAGUGGAUGGAGGUUGGAGUGAGUGGAGUAAAUGGACACCAUGCGGAGUGGACUGCACCAUGUGGCGGAGCAGGGAAUGUACCCAACCCACGCCAGGUACGGGAGGAAAAGAGUGCCAGGGCCUGGAUGUCCAGUCGCUCAACUGCACAAGCGAGCAGUGCCCACAGACUGCAUCAGGUGCUGAGGAUGUGGCCCUGUACGUGGGCAUCGUGGCAGUUGCCCUGUGUCUCACCCUGCUGUUGAUCAUCCUGGUGCUGGUGUACCGCAGAAAGAAGGAAGGUCUGGAUGCAGAUGUGGCCGACUCUUCCAUUCUCACCACUGGCUUCCAGCCCAUGGGCAUCAAGCCCACCAAGCCAGGUGUGUGGGCACCGCGCAGGGCAGCUCGCAGCAAAAACUCUCAUUUGCUCACAAUCCAGCCGGAUUUGACCACCACCACCACGAGCUAUCAGGGAACUCUGCGUUCCCGUAACGAAGUCGGCGGAAAGUUCUCCAUGAGCAACGGCCCACUUCUGGAGCCCCUUCCCAACGGCUCCCACACGCUACAUAAUGGAAAGCUGCCCAGUGACCCCAACGCCUUCAUGGAUCGCCUUUCUUCUCAGACGUAUUUCAAAACGCUACCGAGAGACAAUGUCAACACCUCGUAUGGCACGUUCAAUUUCCUGGGUGGCCGUCUCACCCUUCCCAACACUGGAAUCAGUCUGCUCAUCCCGCCGGAGGCCAUUCCCAGAGGGAAGAUUUAUGAGAUUUAUCUCACCAUUCAGAAGAAGGAAGAUAUGAGGUUGCCCCUGGCUGGUUGCCAGACGCUGCUAAGCCCCGUGGUGAGCUGCGGGCCGCCCGGUGUGAUGCUCACCCGGCCGGUCAUCCUCAGCAUGGACCACUGCUUCGAUGCCUGCCUGGAGAACUGGGCCAUCCGUCUGAAGAAGCAGUCCUAUGAAGGAAGUUGGGAGGAUGUUCUUCAGCUGGGGGAGGAAGUGGUGUCAGAGCCUUAUUACUGUCAGUUGGAGGCGGAGACGUGUCAGGUCUUCACCGAGCAGCUGGGUCGCUUUGCUUUGGUGGGGGAGUCCCUCAGCAUGGCCGCCACUAAACGCCUGAAACUACUGCUGUUCGCUCCCGCCUACUGCUCCACGCUGGAGUACAACAUCCGUGUCUACUGUAUGGAUGACACACAGGACCUGCUGAAGGAAGUGAUGCAGAUGGAGAGACAGCUGGGGGGGCGAUUGAUCGACGAGCCUCACGUCCUGCUCUUCAAAGACAGCUACCACAACCUGCGCCUCUCCAUCCACGACAUGCCCCAGGCGCACUGGAGGAGCAAACUACUCGCCGGCUAUCAGGAGAUCCCGUUCUAUCACAUCUGGAGUGGCUCUCAGAGGACCCUACACUGCACCUUCACGCUGGAGAGACAGAACCUGAGCACCUGUGAUCUCACCUGCACGCUGUGUGUGUGGCAGGUGGAAGGAGAGGGACAGAGCUUCAGCCUGGAUUUUAACAUCUCAAAGGACAUCAGACCUCUAGACUCAGAUUUCCUUUUGAUGGACAACUGUACCCCUGCCCUGGCUGGUCCGAGCGCAUUCCAGAUCCCUUACCUCAUCCGACAGAAGAUCUGCAGCAGUCUGGACGCCCCCUGCCCCAACGGAGCCGACUGGAGACUACUGGCUCAGAGACUGAAACUCGACAGGCACAUGAGUUUCCUUGCGUCUAAAUCGAGCCCCACAUCAGUGAUCCUGGAUUUAUGGGAGGCUCAGCACUUCCACAGCGGUAAUCUCAAUCAGCUCGCUGCCGUGAUGGCCGAGAUCGGCAAGCAGGAGGCCAUGAUAUUCCUGGUGUCAGACGGCGAAUGCUGACACAUUAAGACUGGAGCAGAGCGGCCGUCUCUCUGAGUGAUGGGGUGGGGGAAAGAUGCGACCCUCCGCCCACCCCGGCACAGACCAGAAACAAAUCAAAGAACAGGGUUCACUCAACUAUAUGAGGCCACUUCCCAAAAGAAUAGGGGAAAAAAGAAAAAAGGCUUUGAAGGAACCUGCCAGGGCUUUUAGAUGUACUGUGACUGAUUCAAAUGGCCCUUCUCUCAGAACAAAAAUCUGUUUGUUUUGGAAAUAACCGUGUAUAGUAAAUCCCAGAAAUGGUUUUGGCCUUGCCCUCAAUCACAACUGACCAAUACCUACUUUCUAACCACCCUUGUGUUAGGCACAUUGAUGUGUUAAUAUCAGACUGACCACUAAAAUGACUUCAUAUGGAACGCUAGGUUGUCCAAGUUAUAUGGGUAGGGUGAAUUUUGCAAACAAAUUGUGACAUGCAUUUUGUAAAUGUGUACCAUUUAGCAAUAUGCAGUCACACAUAUCGAUGACAAUUUCCUUUGGCCACACAUAGCAUUUUAAAUUUCUGAGAGCAGCUCUCAACCAAGAGUUUGGUCAAUUUCAGGUCAAAAAAACAUUUUGGAAAGAAAACAAAACUGUGUUUUUUGUCAGAGCCAUCCGUUUUGAAUUCCGCCCCUGUGCACUUACAGUAUGUAUUCUGCUACAUAAAGCCAUAAAGUCCAAAAUUCACCUCGAUGCUAUGAGUUCUGGUCUGGGUGGAUAUUCAGAGAUAAGCACAGCAUUUUGUGGAUCAAGACAUUUGGGUGUGCUGGAGGACCUCAAACUUUUCCAUGUUUGUUGUUGCUUUUGACAGACUGGGAAGAUUUUAAUAAGAAGGCUCAGAUGUUUUAGCAUUUUCUCACGACCAAUUCUAAUCCUUAAGGUGAAGAGUUCUCAUCUAAAUUUUGAUUUUCAAAUUUAGAUACUUUGUUUAUAAAAAUAAAACGACUUUGAUUAGAAAAUUUUCGUCUUUGAUAAACAGAAAAUGCAAUACUACCAAAUGUUUCAUUCCAUUCAUAUUUAAUGAUUCGGUGUUUCUCGGAAAGCCAUUUCAGCUCCAGGGCAAACUCUUAUCUUUGGAGAAAGAAUAUUUUCAUCCCCACUCCCCCGAACAGGCAAGCGUUCUGUCCAGGAAAACUUAAUCGAAACUCAAAGCCUGUCAUAUUCUUCAUGAAUUCAACCAUGUUGUGUGUGGUAUCCUUUGCAUAACUGUCACACUUUAUAGUUCUCACAACACAUCUUCGCUGUGCUUUGGCUCGCAGCCCCGUGAAUGUGCAUUCCACAGAUCCAAGAUUGUCUGAUUUUUCUGAAUGUGAGCGUAUUUCAUUCCAAAUUAAGGAUGAUCUGCGAGUUACAGCUACGGAUGACAGAUUGGCCGCUUUUCUCGACCGGUAAUGACGGCCUCCUCCUAAGAGAUGAUUGAAGGAGUUGAGCACAAUCUCUCAACAGCAUAGAAAGUGUUGAGAUACAGAGGCCUAGUUGAGUUUCACUCAGCUAACACAGAACUCAUUUUAAAGGCCAAAUUGUACACAUGGUUAAAGUUUCGUGCUUUUCUAACUUGUCCCAAAGUCAGUUUGUGUUUACUAUUAACGGUUUAGUUCACAAAGAUCGUUGUGUUUUAGUUAUGAACCUUACAGUUGACAUGACACACCUCUGCAGCGACCAAAGCCUACGAGCCAUCUAGAGCAUUUACAUCUAUGCCGUUUUAUUAUUUUUCUAAAAUGACCAUAAAUCUUUUUCUUUCGAAAUGUCAUGGCAGCAUUGAUCAAUGGUAAAACAGUUGAAAUAAUUAAAACAGCACUUUGUAAAGUAAUUGUAAAUGAUAUUUUAAUAACGAGCCAAAAAAGACAACUGACGUAACAUUUGUCUAAGUAUAACCUGUGAAGUGUUUGCCUACUGUUCAUUGGUUAUAUAGCACUGAGUUUAUUCUUUGAAGUUUCGACUGUUUUUACGUAAGUCUGUGCAACAAUGUUUUCGUUUUGUCCCGCGGCUGUUGCUGAAUGAGUAAUUUAUCGUCGGAUUCCUUCGAAAUUUAAGCGUGAAUCACACUUACCAGCGCGAGUAUUUCCAAACCAUCAGAUUCCCUCAGAAAACCCUCAGGUUGACGCGGACGCCACACGCUACGCAUUUUGACACGUAUUCUGUACGGAAGUAAUGAAUUCACCAUCAACGUUACAACUUUUCACUGACGUAAAAAGCAUUUCAACAGCCCGCCGUCGACCGAUCUCACAAACCAGAGGUCUGUCGGCUUAUGAGCUAUGAGCAGGUGUUUAUUCAUGACACAAAAGCCGAUCAAUCUUCAUGACUGUACAUUUCGUCAGCCUCGAUCAUAGCUGUUCUGUGUAAAUGAGUGUGCGCGUGCUAUUUACUUUCCACAGAGUUCUUUCUUUUUCAACUGAAAACAGUAGACUUGUGUACCUGUGAAUGUUUUUCGAUUGAAUUUCUCAAUGUCCCUUGCCUUUCUGCGAGUCAGAAUGCUGUACAACAUGCCACAGCGCUUAUAUGCAAUUGUACAAUUCUUUUCUAUUGUUUUUGUUCAUUUUCCUCGUCAAUGUAAAUUGUCGUCGAUGAUUUUGUGGUAAUGGAAGCCCUCUCGCGGGAGGUUUUCUGUACUUUUUGGACACUGAUAUGGAUUUGUGGGUAGAAUUUUGGAAAUUCGUUUCUAAGUGCUUUCAAGUAUUUACUUGGCCUUAUGUAUAUAUCUCUAUGAAAUUUCAGAAAAAGGUAUGUAUAGUAAUUGAACCUAAAAUGGAUGUAAAUAAAUUAUAUAUUGUUAAACGACGAGUCGAGUCAUUUGUGCGAGGCGACACACUUUCAUCAUGACAAAUGUCGUGAUUUAUAUAGCCAACAUUCAAAUGCAUGUAGAAAAUGCUAUUGCAGGGCUAUUUGUACAAUUUAGGAAGCAAGCAAAGUCAGCACAAAACAAGGUCAAUGCGGGUGAUUUAUUGACUAAUGUCUAAAUUCCUUUAUAAAUGAUUCGCAUCUUCACAUAGAAACCUCUAUAACGUGCACAACAAUACAGCAGUUUACCCUUUUCAAUGGCGCACAUAAUAGUUGCAAAAGCUAUAAAAAAGGCACUUGGUACAUAAAACACUAUCAAUUCAAAAAGUACAAAAUCUGAGUGGCUCACAAAAACAAGGUUAUUGGAGGAGUGUUUCUUCCGGCACAGGAGAUUGCGAUCAAGGCAUGAUGGGAUUUAUGUUGUGGUACUCUCCAUGUAAACACGGUGGCACUUAUGUACAAAUUAAGAAACAAAACAGUUUGCAGAGCAGAAUGAACAUUUGUGAGACUUUCUUUGGCACCACAUGCCUUGCUCAACGUCUAUGAUGGUGACCAUAUAACAUUUCCGGUUUUAUUAUAGGAUCAUAUGCCUUUUCAUAAUUGGAACCCCUAUGGGAUGAGAUGUAGCAUGUUUAGUAUUGAAGCUGCGUAAAGACCAUUGGUUAGGUCAGGAUGAAACGCACGCAAUCAGUGCUAAUGUAUUUCAGUCUAGCUGCCAGGAGUGUUUUAUUCCACUGUGGUUGGCCAUUACCUUAAGUACCCCUGCACAGCAAAUCAGACAGAGCAGAAAGUAGGCUACGGAUCAUCUUGAGGAUUGAGGGGCCACUUUAAGAUCAGGCCUGAGUAGAUCACAUGCUCCAUGCUUUACCCUACAAUACAGAUUGUAUGGAUCUGAGUAAGACCAGAUUGCUUCAGUCAUAUCAUGGAAACGCUUCGGCCUUAUUUGUGACAAGACAGAACUUUGGUUGGCAACAAAAUAGGCACAUUAUACGCCAAAAUCAAAAUGACAAAAAAUAAGACAUAUGUU